AUGUCUCCUAAAGAAUGUGUUAUAAUUCAAGUAUGUGGAAUUCAUUGUGGAAGUCCUAUUGAAAGUUUCAGAAUGAAUGCACAAUUUGCCAAAGAUCGUGCGAAACAAGGAAUGAAGAAAAAUACGAAUACGUUGUUCGAAAUAACUUGGAUUAAAUAG